AUGUCUGAAAUAACAAAGCCCAGAGGGACUGAGAACUGCCCAGUCAUACGCCCACGGCAGCAAAGACGGCAGGGAAGCUGCAGGACCCAGGCAUUACAGGAAGACUCUGAGGAGGGAGGCCACAAACGCUGGACCAAGAAGAAUGUGGGGGAUCCCGAUAUUAUGAAGUCCCCCAGUGACCACAAAGAAUACAGGUACAUUAAAUUAAAAAAUGGCUUGAAUGCACUGUUAAUUUCCGAUUUAACUUUGGACGACUGCAAUUCUUCUGAUGCAUCAGAAGAGGAAGAUAUGUCCUCUGAUACAGAUGAUGGAAAAGACAGCAGCAAUGAGGAUGAGGAAAAGGAUGAGAAUGUAGAAGAAUUUGGUGGAGAAACUGGUAAUGAUGCAAUCAUUGAAGAUUAUGGUGGGAUUAUUAGGGAUAACGGUGGUAAAAAACAUAAUAAAAAACGAAAAGAAGAGCAUGAUGCUUCUGAAAUAUAUGAAGAACAAGUGAAGAAAGAAGUUGAAAAGAAGAUGAGCAGUACAGAAAAGCAGUCUGCAGCAGCUCUUGCUGUUGGUGUUGGCAGUUUCUGUGACCCUGAUGAUUUACCUGGACUUGCUCAUUUUUUGGAGCACAUGGUGUUUAUGGGUAGCCAGAAAUACCCAGAUGAGAAUGGGUUUGAUACUUUCUUAAAGAAGCAUGGAGGCUCAGACAACGCUUCGACUGACACAGAGCGAACAAUCUUCCAGUUUGAUAUCCAGAAAAAAUAUUUUAAGGAAGCCCUCGACAGAUGGGCACAGUUCUUCAUUCACCCACUGAUGAUUAAAGAUGCAAUUGACCGGGAAGUUGAAGCUGUGGAUAGUGAGUAUCAAAUAGCGAGGCCCUCUGAUGCUAACAGAAGGGAAUUGCUGCUUGGAAGCCUUGCAAAAGAAGGACAUCCUAUGAGAAAAUUCUUUUGGGGUAACACAGAAACACUGAAAGUCAUGCCGAAAAAGAACAGAAUUAACACCUAUGAGAGGCUAAGGGAUUUCAGGACACGUUACUACUCAGCCCACUACAUGAAUCUAGUUCUUCAGUCUAGAGACACUCUGGAUACUUUGGAGAAAUGGGUGACGGAAAUCUUCUCACAGAUUCCAAAUAAUGAAUUACCCAAAGCAACGUUUGGUCACCUGUCAAAGCCAUUUGACACACCUGCAUUUCACAAGCUUUACAGAGUUAUUCCUAUGAAAGAAAUACAUUCUUUGAGCAUCUCUUGGGCACUUCCCCCACAAGAAAAGUAUUAUCGGAUUAAGCCUCUUCAUUACAUCUCCUGGUUGGUGGGACAUGAAGGCAAAGGCAGUGUGCUGUCACUUCUUCGAAAAAAAUUUUGGGCUCUUGCAUUAUAUGGAGGAAAUGGAGAGACAGGAUUUGAACAAAACUCUACUUAUUCCAUCUUCAGCAUUUCUGUGACUUUGACAGAUGAAGGUUUUGAGCAUUUCUAUGAGGUUAUUCAUCUUAUAUUCCAGUAUUUGAAGAUGUUGCAAAUACAAGGGCCUGUGCAAAGAAUAUGGGAAGAGAUUCAGAAGAUUGAAGCCAAUGAAUUUUGCUUCCAGGAACAGGCUGAUCCACUCGAGUAUGUAGAAAAUAUUUGUGAAUAUAUGCACAUUUUUCAGAAGGAGCACUUACUGACAGGAGAUCAGCUACUGACUGAAUAUAAUCCUGAAGUCAUUGCCGAUGCCCUUAACCAUCUCAUCCCUCAAAAGGCAAACUUUUUUUUCUUAUCUCCUGCACAUGAGGGAAAAUGUAACUUGAAAGAAAAAUGGUUUGGGACACAGUACAAUUCAUCAGACAUUGAUGCAUAUUGGAGCAAGUUGUGGGAUACGGAUUUCAUGUUACAUCCAGAUUUACACCUGCCCGGAGAAAAUAAAUAUAUAGCUACAGAUUUCUCUGUGAAGACAUCAAAUGAUUAUGACAUGGAAUAUCCAUACAAAAUAUUGAAUACACGUCAAGGCUGUCUGUGGUACAAAAAAGACAAUAAAUUUGGUGUCCCCAAAGCAUUUAUCUGUUUCUUUCUGGUGUCUCCAGUGAUACAAAAUUCUGCAUUGACAAUUGUCCUUUUUGAUACUUUUGUAAGUGUCCUCUCCCACAACCUUGCUGAACCAGCAUAUGAAGCAGAUGUUGCUCAGUUGGAAUACAAAGUCAUAGCUAAAGAACAUGGCCUAGUCAUUCGAGUAAAGGGAUUUAACCAUAAACUACCUUUGCUCUUUCAUCUGAUCAUUGAUCAUUUGUCUGACUUUAGUAUCUCGCCUUCAGCUUUCCAGAUGAUAACAGAACAGCUUAAAAAGACUUAUUUUAACUAUCUCAUCAAAACAGAUACACUGGCAAAAGAUCUGCGACUUGCAAUACUGGAGCAUGGCAGGUGGUCUUUAAUAGAAAAAUAUCAAACUUUGAAUAAUGGCAUUUCCAUAGAAGAUCUACUAGCAUUUGUGAAAGCUUUCAAAUCAAACCUGUGGAUAGAAGGACUAGUCCAAGGAAACUUUACAAGCAACGAAUCAAAGGAAUUUAUGAAUUAUGUUGCUGAAAAAUUACAGUUUGUUCCUCUAAUACACCCAUGUCCUAUUCAGUUCCGGGUGAUAGAAUUGCCAAAUACUCACAUCCUGUGUAAAGUGAAAUCCGUUCACAAAGGUGAUCCAAACUCUGAUGUCACAGUCUACUACCAGACUGGUGCAAAGAAUUUAAGAGACUACUCGCUCACAGAACUGCUCGUGAUGCACAUGGAGGAGCCAUGCUUUGACUUCCUGCGAACCAAGAAUACCCUUGGCUACCAUGUCUACCCUUCCACAAGAAAUACUUCUGGGAUCCUGGGUUUCUCUGUUACCGUAAUAACACAGGCAACCAAAUAUAACACUGAAUUAGUUGAUAGAAAAAUAGAAGAAUUCCUGUUGUACUUUGAGGAAAAACUCCGGAAUUUAACGGAAGAAGAAUUCUUUGCUCAGGUCUCUGCUCUAAUAACGCUUAAGCAAACUGAUGAUUCCCAUCUUGGUGAAGAGGUGGACAGGAACUGGAAUGAAGUGCUUACUCAGCAGUACUUGUUUGACAGACUUGCCCGAGAGAUUGUAGCACUGAAGAGCUUUACUAAAUCCCAUUUGCUUGAUUGGUUCCGGACAUUCAGGGGCAGGAACAGGAGAGUGUUGAGCACCCAUGUGGUUGGAUAUGGCAAACAGGAAGGGGACUCCGAUUUUGCACAUACCUCCAAAUCUGAGGGGUCUGUUUUUGGCAAAACAGCUGACCUAACUUUUUUACCCUCUUCUCCUCUGUUGAAUUUCCCUUCUGUUAUGAAUAUCCGAGCUUUCACCUCAACACUUAAUGUUCUUCCUUACCACAAAAUACUAAAAUAA